AUGAAAUUAGUGUUUUGUUUGCUCGGCUUAUUCGUAGCUGUUGCACUUGGUGGUAGCAGCAAUUUCGAUGAAACGAAAGGUUGGUUUGUGCCUCAAGCGGAUGGCAGCUUUUCAUGGAUCUCGCAGUCAGAACACAAAGCGCGUUCACUGGUCACCGAACGCAGUUCGGUUACUGUAAAAUUCUACCUUUACCAUCGCUCGAACCGUGAUGGUCGUGAAGUAGAACUCGAUGAUGCAUCCUCACUCUCUGCUGCCGGUUUCAAUAGAAAUUGGCCUACUCGUAUCACAAUUCACGGCUGGAAUAGCAACCUGAAUGCCGGUGUUAAUGUUAAAGUACGAAAUGCGCUUUUGGAAACCGGUAAUUACAAUGUAUUCGCUGUUGAUUGGAGCGUUGACGCCCAGACGGCUAAUUAUGCCAGUGCACGUUAUAAGGUUUCCAGUGUUGGUGCCGUAGUCGCUAAUUUUGUUGACUUUCUGAGUGAACACGGCAUGUCGUUCGAUUCACUUGGCUUGGUUGGUCACAGUCUGGGCGCACAUGUUGCCGGUUUCACUGGCAAGAAGGUGAGCCGCGGUAAAGUUCACACCAUUGAAGGUCUCGAUCCUGCGCUGCCUUUGUUUAACUACGAUGAAUGUUCGUCGCGCCUUUGCAGCAGUGACGCCAACUAUGUUGAGUCGAUUCAAACUGACGGCGGUAAAUUGGGCUUUUUACGUCCCAUCGGUAAGGCGGCCUUCUAUCCAAAUGGCGGUAAGAGUCAACCGGGCUGCGGGGUCGACUUAACUGGCAGUUGCGCUCACGAACGUGCUGUAAUCUACUACGCUGAGGCUAUUAUUCAGAACAACUUCCCAAGUAUGAAGUGCGGUGAUUACGAAGAUGCUGUAGAUAAGAGCUGUGGUAACACUUAUAGUGCAGUCCGUAUGGGUGCGGAGUCGAACUUUGGCAUAAGUGGCACAUACUAUGUACCGGUCAAGAGCUCCGAACCUUACGGUUAUGGCUCAUAA